AUCACGGGCCAAAAAAGCUAUUGUUUCCUUUUUUUGUUUUGUAUACGUCAUGGGCAAAUAAAGUUCACACACACACAAAGGGCAAACUUAUACACACACAUACACACACAUACACAUUUUGAGCUCUUCUUUUCUCUCUCUUUCUCUCUUUUUUUUUUUCUCUUUUCUUGUGUUUAAAAACAAAAGAAAAAAAAACUCAAAAUUGAAUAUACAACGUCUCGAGACAUGUACAACAUGCAGUUUCAACAUUCACCUUACUCUGACCAUCCCAGUCAGUAUGACAUUGCCAAUACUCUCCACCCAAUAAAAUGAAUAUCAAUCAAUACAUUCCUUUACCCAACUCACCCAAGCAAUAUGACAUGUCAAGCUAUAUACCUGCUCCAGCCAACUUUACCACUGACGAUAACACACCCAGCCCUCACCAAGCCUACUACGGUGAAAACAAUCAUGAUACGCUAGUAUCUCCAACCAGUCCAGGUAGUAAUAUCGAGGAAGAGAUUGUACAAAGAAACAUGCAACAUAUUUUCGAAAAGAAGAGACGAAGAAGAGAAUCUCAUAAUGCUGUAGAACGUCGGAGGAGAGACAAUAUCAAUGAUCGUAUUACUGAGUUAGCAACAUUAUUGCCAGAUAGAGAUGCCGUAAAAUCUAACAAGGGAACUAUCCUAAGAAAAUCCGUGGACCAUAUCCGACUUUUACAUGAUAAAUUAAGACAACACCAACAACGGAUUGGGGAGCUUGAAAACAUGUUGGAAGUAUAUCGUCAUCAACAGCAGCAGCAGCAGCAUCAACAACAACAUCAAACAAUGAUACCGCCUGGCCACCCUCUGGAUUUAUCUGGAAUGCAACCACAUAUGGCUAAUAGUCAUCAUGCCUACAGAAGAGAUACCACUUCAUAAAAAAAUCACUCUACUAUCCUUUUAUAUUACAAUUUACCCUUUUUUUUUUUUUUUUUUAUUUAUAUAUAUAUAUAUCAACCUUCUCCCCACAGACACACACACACACCUUUUUUACUAUUUACUAUGCAAUUCAUUAUCAUAUAUACACACACACUCUCACACAUACAUUAAAAAAACUAAAAAAAAAAAA